GGCUGUGGAUGUGGUAUACUUGGACAGAGGGGGGUGGCGGUGGAUGUGGUAUACUUGGACAGAGGGGUGGUGGUGGACGUGGUAUACUUGGACAGAGGGGGGUGGGAUGGACGUAUACUUGGACAGAGGGGUGGCUGUGGAUGUGGUAUACUUGGACAGAGAAGGGUGGCGAUGGAUGUGGUAUACUUGGACAGAGGGGUGGCUGAUGGGAGUGGUAUACUUGGACAGAGGGGGGGCGAUGGGAGUGGUAUACUUGGACAGAGGGGUGGCGAUGGGGGUAUAUACUUGGACAGAGCAGGUGGCGAUGGGCGUGGUAUACUUGGACACAGGUGGGGGUGGCUGUGGAUGGGAUAUACUUGGACAGAGGGGUGGGUGGAUGUGGUAUACUUGGACAGCAGGGGUGGGGAUACGUGGUAUACUUGGAUUUUGCAUUGUCUGUGAGAAGCUUUUAACCUAUGGAAUGUGGUGUGUGUAGGCAAAUUAUACCU